CUUGCGCCCUUUUUAAGCCACCUUGAUCCAAGGUAUGAAUUGCCUUCACGAACCACCUUGAGAAACGUUUCGAUGGCAAAUGCAUAGGCCAAGUUGUUCGAACUUUUAAAAAAUGUAAAGCACUGUGCAAUCACUUCCGAUUGCUGGACGUCAAGAGCAAACGAGUGCUAUGUUACUGUGACGUGCCACUUUGUGACAGCGGAUUUCGAAUUGCGCAACGCUGUUUUGGCCACUGAGAAGCUCAUCGACGAAACGACCCACUCUUCGGAAAACAUAGCAAACUCCAUACGCGCAGUGCUUGAGGAAUGGAGUGUGUUAGGAAAGGUCACUGCUAUGGUCACGGACAACGCCAAAAAUAUGAUAAAAGCAUGUGAGAUCCUGCAAAUUAGACAUGUUCCAUGCUUUGCGCACUCAAUAAAUUUGACAGUGCAGGACUGUUUGGCAUCUGAAUAUGUCAAACCCAUUUUAGAAAAGUGUAAGCGCAUUGUUGCCUUUUUUAAAAGUAGCACAAUUGCCUAUGCCAAAUUUAGAGAGGCCCAGAAUUGCGAACGCCCAUAUAGUUUGAAGCAAGAGUGUCCAACCAGGUGGAAUAGCGCCUUUUACAUGGUGGAACGAAUCUUGAUUACGAAGGUUGCCAUCGCAAGCGUUUUACUGAACACGCCCAAGGGGUUAAUGCCGCUAACCUCGGAUGAAAUAUCCAUUCUGGAGGACUUGAAGGCAUUGCUUUCACCGUUUGAGCAUGCAACGGUGCACACAUCCUCAAGUACGUCUGUGACAGUGUCAUCAGUGAUUCCUGUUGUUUGCGGUAUAUUACACAACCUGUCAGCCCUGAAAUCGAAACUCCAGACAAAGGUGGGUCGAGAUGUAUGCGAUGACUUGCUUCAAGGGGUCAAUAAAAGAUUGGUCCCCUAUGAAUCUCGUACUGUGACACGAAUGACCACAAUAUUAGACCAUCGCUUUAAGAAGGAGGGGUCUUGGAACCCAUUUAAUUCCUCUCAAGGAGUUAAAUCUUUAGAGGAGGAGCUGUCGCACAUUAAUGCUCAAACAAAAUCAUCAACAUCUUCAAACCCGCCAACACCAGAACCCACAGCAGAGUCCAACCUGUUAUUCAGUUUCUUACAAGCCAACAAAAAUCAAAAAAUUCAAAGCGAUCGCGUGGAUUCCAUACUAGCUCUACGCCAUUAUUUGAAUGGUACUAAUUUGGAGCCUGCACAAAACCCAUUAGAUUAUUGGAAGAUAUCAAAUGACACCGCAUUCAAAACAUGCGUUUUGAAUACUUCUGCGUUCCGGCCACUUCCACUGAAAGUGAACGAAUGUUUAGCAAGGCAGGACUGGUUGUAAGUGAAAAGCGGAGCUCGCUAAAAGCCAAAAAUGUUAAUGUGAUUUUAUUUUUAAACAAAAAUGAAUGGAUAAAUUAAUUUUAG